AUGUCAAUCCAGUUUGUAAAAUCAACAAAAGAUUUUGAGGACUAUUUAAAUCACAAUAAAUACGUAAUAGCAAAUUUUACAGCUUCUUGGUGUGGACCAUGUCAGGCCAUAAAACCGUUACUAGAUCAAGCAUAUACAAAAUUUACAAAUAUCGAAAUUGUAAAGGUUGAUUUAGAUUCUCAAAAGGAUUUAGCUAGAAAUUAUACAGUUACUGCAGUUCCAACAUUCAUAUUUUUUGAAUCCGGUAAAGAACAAUCAAGAAUAAGAGGUGCUAAUGCUGAAGAACUAAUGAAAAAUUUGGCAUCAUGUAAUGAAAAAGCUCAAGGAGAAACUAGAAAAGGUAAUGGAAGUAACUUUACUUCCGAAUCCUCAAAUGCAAUUAAUUCUGCAGAAUAUAAGGAAUUGAGAGACAAAAUCCCUAAAGGUUAUGAUGUGUUGAACUCACACAUUGAUUUUGGGUCAUUUGAAGCUUUGAAUAUCAAAAGUUUAUAUCAAAAUUCGGAAGUUAAAGAUGUGCUUAAACUUGAUAAGAAAUCUGAAAGUUCCAUUAUAUCAGAUUCAGAUUCUCAAAUAUUGAUAGUAAUUCCAUUUUUAAAUAUCUCCAAAAUUUACUCCAUUUUUAUUAAGUCUAGCAAAAAUGUGAAAAAAGAAAAACUAACAAUCGAUGAGGAGGACAUAGAGGAAAUUCAACAACCAAAUCUUUUUAAAAUUUGGCCAAAUAAGCAAAAUAUUAUAUCAUUUGAAGAUGCAUCUAACGAUUCAAAAACUCCUCAUAUUGAAAAAUUAGAUGGGGAUUUCGAUUCAGAUUGGAUUGAGUUAAAAUUAAAGUUUGUGAAAUUUCAAAAUGUUCAGAAUUUGACCAUCUUCAUUGACGGUGAUGAUGAAGACUAUCAUACUAUAAUUGACAAAAUAAUUAUAGUUGGAGUUAAUGGAGAAUCAAAAGAACAAAAAAGUUUAGCGUCAUUAGAACAAGAAGAGUAG